UGUCAAUGAAAUAUGUUUGAUACUUUCGUUUGUAGUAUUAAGGAAAGAAGAGGUUAUGGAAUAAAAAAUUAAAUAUUGUUCAAUUAGUGGUACUAUAAAUAACGAAUAAAAUGGAAAAACGAAAGGAGUCGUUGAGUGCUUUAAAAAUUUGUAGAUUUUGUUUAUGUCAAGAUAGUUCCCUAUCGAAUUUAUACGACAGAUCAAGAAAACCUAAAAAUGCAGUUCCUCUGUCGCUCAAAAUUUUAUCAAGUGUAUCUAUCGAGGUAUUUCCAUCAGACAAGAUGCCUUCAUUUAUAUGUAAUCGGUGUAGAUUCUUUAUGGAUAUUUGCUAUGAAUAUAAACAAAUUUGUCAUCAAACUGAUGAAACCAUCUUGAAUUAUGUUCAAAGUGGAACUCCUAUGGAAAAUAUGGCAUGGCCUUCUCAACUUAACAAGCUCUAUAAAUCAUUUACCAAAUCAUUAACAAAAGAACCGGUAAUCAAAUCAGUAGUGGAAGGUGGUGCAACAGUUCAAGUAACAUCUCAAUCAUAUGAUAGUGAUGAAGAGGAUGAAAAUGUGUACAAUAUUAAGAUUGACCAAUUGGAAGAUGGAUCUGAACAUGUCAAAUUGCUGACAAAUAAAAAUGAAACUGAUUUUGCCAAAGAAAAAGCAUCUGGGAAAGGCUUAUAUGACGAGAUAACACUGAAGAAAUCAGAUGCAAACCGCUGGCCAUGCAACCUGUGUGACUGCACUUACCCUCUGCAACAGUUAUUGGAGUUACAUAAAGUUCAAAGGCACAGAGCUAGAACUGUACCUUGCAAUCACUGUAAUGCUAAAUUUUAUAACAAACACGAUCUGGCGACGCAUGCAUUAAUACAUUCUGAUGACAUGCCGUUUGAAUGCUUGGCUUGUGGACGCAAAUUCAAACGAUUAAUUUUACUGAAACGCCAUGAGAAGGUUUUACAUAGUGACCUGUGUCAGUUCAGUUGUCCCCAUUGUACAGUAACAUUUUUGUCUCAAGAAGAAUUAGUAGCGCAUCAAAAUAGACACGGCAACAUUGCUAACCGGCGACAUGUUUGUCCAGUAUGUAGCAAGAGAUUCCAUGAAAAAAAUACACUACGAAGGCACAUAGAUAUCGUACAUAACAAGAAACGUGGUUUACGUUGCGAGUAUUGUACAGAGCUAUUCUCAUCAGUAUCAAAGUUGACAAGACACGUACGCUCCCAUGCCGGCAAAAGGGCUUAUCCGUGCAAGUACUGUAAUAAAAGCUUUUUAAAAUCCCAUCACUAUACUAGACAUUUACGUGUAAAGCACCGUCACGGCGCCAAUCGUACCCCUUUCGGUGAUAUAGACCAGUACCGCUGUGAACAAUGCGAAGACACGUUUUCAACGCAGGACGAGCUGAUAUAUCAUUCCGCGAUACACGCUACGCAGAAUCUCACUUGUCCACUCUGUCAGGAAAAGUUUGAGAAUGUUGACGCUGUCACUGUGCAUAUAAAAUCUCAUGUCAAUGGAAUAGAGUUUAUGUGCGACUUGUGCGAACUAGUAUUCACCUCAAAGGAAAAACUAGAUCUACAUUUAACUACCGCACACGACGAAGAGCUGCGGAAUUCGCAAGAUUCUUCCAUGGAGGUGGAUGCCGAAGACGAGGACGACGAUAAUACAAUCAAUGUGAAAGAAGAAGGAGACCACAUGGUAGUUGAAAUCAAGAAAGCCGAUAACUUUAUGCUCGAUAGUACAGCGACUGAAUCUGAAGCUAAAAUAGACAACACAAAUUCUGAAGAGAGUGAAUCCGAAGCGACUUACUCUGAGCUGUCAGCAGUUGAUACAUUGCCAACGGUGACGAAGGAAUUACCCGAGAAAGCGGCUGAGAAAGUCCCAGUCAAGAGGACUACAGCUGCUGUUGCCGUCGUGCCCGCUGCAGCUGUCACGCCCACAACAACCAUCACCACAGUCGCAGUAACUAGCGACAACGUCAAAAAUGACAACAAACAGACUGCGAGCAUCCUACGUAAAGCUGAAGAAAUAAAAAGAAAAGCCCAACAAACCAAGUCAGAAACAAUUAAAUUACCUGAGAAAGAAAAGCCAAAUAAUAAAGUUGAGAGCACAAACAGCGUUGGUGCCAGUGACAAGUCUUUGCGUCUACUCGAAAAAGAAUUGCAAGACUUAAAGAGGACGAACUCUCGUAAUGAACCUACCAAGAUGCUUGCAAAGAAUUCGGAAUCAUUCAGGAUUAGGCGACCACAGAUUCAUACAUCUACUCCGAAACAGAGGGUUGAUGAAAAGAAACUACAGCCAUCAACAAAGGCAACAAUAGAAAAGAAAAUACCGGAGCGUCGAAUAAUUACAAAAGAAAACAAGGAACCAAAAGAAACGAAAGAACCAAAAGAUACAAGAGAACCAAAAGAGACUAAGGAGCCUAAAGAAGCCAAGGAAGUAAAGACCAAUAUAAUUGUUAAAGAUAAUACCGAGAAAGAACUUAAAGAAAAGGAAAAAGAGAAAGACACGCCUAAAAAUGUUAUUAAAAACGGCGCCAGCGAUAAAAGUAGUGCAGAGGAUAAUGUCCGACGCUCCACGCGACCUUCUAAGAUUAAAGAUUACGCGAAAAUGAUACGGGACAGGACCCAAGAAUCAGAGGGUGAUGAUUCUGAUAUGGAUGAUGAUGAAUUUGAAGAUAAACAAACCGAUAAUCGUAUAAAAGUAAAACGUGUGAAAACGUCUUCGAAACCCAGUCCAGUGCCUGCUCCCAGUCCGACCACAGUUGCGACUAGGAAGCGCGGGCGACCACGCAAGGAGCAAUCAAAGGAAAUACCGAGUAAAUUAAAGAAAGAAGAAGCUCAAUCCGAAGAAGAUGGUAAAGAAAAAAAAGUAGAAUUACAAAAUAAUAAGUCAAAAAUAUCACCGAGUCCUGAGAAGGAUGAUCAAAAUGAAGAUACAUCGGAAACCGUCGAAACAGAGUCGAACAAGACCACUGACGAUGUUGAAACAAAACCAUCUUCCGACGUUUUAGUCUCACCAACAGGACAAACUUUAAAAAAAGUACCAAUAAAAGCACUACCUCCUGGAAUCAAGCCUCUUCCAUUGCCCACCACAACAAGACCAUUGGGUGCUGGGGAACUAUGCGAAAUGCAAAUCGGCAAAAAGAUGGUAAAAGUACAAAAGAUUGUGAUGACCAAGGCCGAAGUAGAAGCUAUGGCUAAAAAGGGUUUAGUUGAAAUGAAGGAUGGCACGAUGGUAUUAAAACAGGGAAUCAAAUUGCCGACUGUUGACCCACUCGCACUAAAAUCCACGCUAGUUGGUGAAAAAGAUAUAGCAAAGGAAUCUCCUAUAAAGAAGGAAACUGAACAGUGCGAUAAUUCAUAAAAUAAUAAUAUAAGUAUCUACUUUAGUAUAAUGUUUUCCUCAAAUGACACACUGAUUUCAAAACAUAAGUAUCUAUAAUGUACUAUAAGUAUAUAGUAUUUUGUUAUAUUAGGUUAAUUUACAUAGUAACAUAGUAGCGUAAUAUUUUCAAAUAAAAUUGAGUAAGUUAACCUGUAUAGGUAUACGCGUAAAUAUUCACUAGUUUUAAAAUAUGUUAUUUCGCCGCACGAUUCUUAACUAAAAUUUAAACAUUUGUGUAUAAAGAUGAGGAUAGAUAAAUGUAUUCUCAUAAUAUACAAGAUGUUAGUACAUUCAUGACACCAGAGCUAGUAAUAUCUCAUAGAGGCUUAUUGCAUUAUGAAAUAUAUACCUAUUGCAUGAAUCCGUCGGGGAUGUAUGCAGAUGCAUGAAUCUAAUAUUUCCGAACACAAUUCAUUACGGACUGAAUUUUAGCACAAACUAUUAUCAUAUUAGACAAAUCUCGUAAAGUAGAUGCAUAAAAAAUAUAAGUUGGCCUAAGAGCCAACUUAAUAUGUGGAUUCAUUGAGUCAAAAGCAUUUCUAUAAUAUACUAUUGAUUGAUUUUAAGCAGUAGAUUCUUAUUAAUAUUGAUAAUAAUGAUUAUUAAAUUUUUCGUAAUAAUAAUGUUAUAAUGCAUUAAAAUCACUCGAGUCCGUCAGGACUACAUUUUCAAUGUAUAUGUCUAUAUAUUUGACAGUGUAAUGUACC